GGGCCAGGCACGAUGUGAAGCCCCGCUAGAACACAGCAGGCUCCGGGAUGGCGAAACGAGGCUUGUGCGCUGCGAUUGUGCUCCUACUGCUCGGUGUCCUGGCGCUGUCCGUACGUGGAGAAACGCUGUUGUCUGCACCCUUGAACGUGACCAUCCGAGAGAUCGAGGUGAAUUCGGCGGUGGUCACAUGGGAGAUUCUGGAGGGGGACCCGGUCAUCGGAUUCGCCAUCACACAACAGAAGAAGGAUGUGCGGAUGCUGCGCCUGAUCCAGGAAGUGAACACCACCACGCGCUCCUGCGCCCUAUGGGACCUGGACGAAGACACCGAGUACAUCGUCCACGUGCAAAGCAUCAGUAUGGGAGGCAGCAGCCCACCCAGUGAGCCGGUGCUCUUCAGAACACCCAAGGAGUCCGAGAAACUGGCCUCACAGAGUCCAGAUAAGGUUAGUGAGGAGGAGUUCGCUCACGCCGCACAGCUCCGGGCCGGGGAGCUCAUCAUCAUCGUGGUGGUACUGGUCAUGUGGGCAGGGGUGAUCGCUCUGUUCUGCCGUCAGUAUGACAUCAUCAAAGACAAUGAGCCCAACAACAACAAGGACAAAGCCAAGAACUCCUCAGAGUGCAGUACUCCCGAGCACCCACAGGGGGGGCUACUGCGAAGUAACGUGUGAAACCAGCCCUGCAUCGCCUUCUGCAAUAACUGAUUCUUCCAACCUCAGGACUGUUCCUGAGACCAACCGAAAGCCAUCACCAAACCACCAUUGUCCUGAAGAACUGCUCCCCUAUCACUGAACUCUUUUCCGAUGGCAGACUUCUAAUGGACUCCAAAAGUGAAGGACAAAAUUCACUUUGUUGCGACCAAAACUGGACAACUUCAAAUCUACAGUCACAUAUAUCUCAGAAUAGCAGUUUUCCACAGUCGACAGAGGGACUCCAGCUCCCGGGGACAAGGUCAAACAUGGCGGAUA